UUAUAUUCAUACACGACGUAAUAUUUCGCGUGUCGUCUUUAAUUUAAUAGACAACGUGGGUUAUGCAUGUCGUGUCUUUUAAUUCAAAAUCAGAGAGAAUUCCCCAUCUCUCUUUUCUCAUUCCUCGGCUGAAACCCCCAAACACAUGUCUCUCUCUCUCUCUCCUUCUCGAAGGUACGUUGAGAACUCCUCAUCUCUCUCGAUAUGUUUCCGGCGAGGAAUCCGGCGCCGCCGCCGUCGACCAUCUCGCUGAGCCUCCGUUUCCAUCCUCUCUCAAUCUGUUCCUCUUCCUCAAAUCCUCUGGAGAAGGCGAAAAUGAAAAGCCCCAAUUUUUCUCCUUCAUCUAAAUCGUGCCCUAGCUCUUCCUCUGCCCAAAUUUUCGCCGCCCUGCUGCAACUUCCGAAGGCAUCGCCGCCCUCCGCGGCUCUGAAACUUCGGCAAAGUCGACGCCGUGCACCCGAGCGUCUUUCUCUCUCAAUUCCCGUUCACAAUAGAGCUCGUUUGCUGGCGAAUGGAGCUCGCCCUUCUCUCUUUCCCUGUGGAUCUCCGCCGCGAAUAGCUCCGGCUAAAGGAAAGAUUUGUUUUCGAAUUGUCGUGAGUUCACACAUCGUGUCAAGUCAGUUUCCAUGGCCAAGUUUACUUUUGAAGAAGUGGAUGCUCUUCAGAAAGGAGUCUUUGAAUGGUCAUGGCAGGGUAACAACUUCAGGUGAGAGUGAACCACCAUCUUCCAGCUUAUCGUCACACUUCGAUAUAACACUCAAUGACUUCCCCAUGGGUUCACCAGUGGCUGGCGUGGACUCAGUUGCAACUGAUCACAAGCCUAGCAAUCCAUUUGAUCUGCCCUAUGAUUCAGACAUGGAAUCUACAAAUAUGGUUCGUACACUUUGUGCUUGCUGCAUAGCUUAUUAG